AUGGCGAAAUACCACCUUUGGGCCAGUUUCCUGGCCCUGCUGGUUGCUUCGGCUCAUGCUCAGACGCCUAAUAACCAGCAACCACUGCAGCCAGGUCAUCUCAAUCCAGGUCAGAUAAAAAAUGGCAGUGAUAACAAAAUCUCCCUCGACGACAUCACUCCCUCUCUCGACUCCAAAGGCGAGGUCAAAUGCUGCCCGGUGGGCACCUUUUUCAACGGCACGACGUGUGUUUUCAAACCCACGACGGUGUGUCCAGCCAAGACGACACUUCAAGCGGGUGCCUGUGUCUCUGAUGAGAAGCCCGUAUGCCCGGCGGGAGCGGUUCUACGAGAGGAGAAGUGUAUCUCGACCACCGACCCCAGCUGUGUGUCUGGGGCACGUUUUGACGGGCACAGCUGCAUUUCCACCCAGCUCCCCUUCUGCGACGCAGGGUUCAAGUUCAACGGUGUGGCUUGCAUAUCCACGGAACGGCAGGUCUGCGCAGAUGGAUUCACCGUGGUUGGGAACUUGUGUGUGUCCAACGUGCCACCGAGCUGCCCGAGCGGCGAGAAGUUGGAGGGCGGAUCUUGCACGCAUUCGCAGCCGCCGUCGUGUCCGGAUCAAAUGACGCUGGAACAGGGCCUCUGCACGCGUAAGCAACUUCCAUCGUGUCCGACAGGGUUCACCUUGAACAACCAGACCUGCACUCACGAGGAGAAGCCCAGCUGUCCGGCCGGUGCAACGUUUGGGGGGCGCGUCUGCAUCUCGAGCAAGCCGCCGAAGUGCAAGGAAGGCCAAUUCAACGGCUGGGCUUGCCAGGCUCCCGAGAACCCUCUGUGUGUCCUUGGUGCCAGCCUCAUUGACAGCAUAUGUGUGUCACCUUUCAACUGCCCUGCUGGUGUCACAAAAUCUCGAGACGCCAAAACGGGCGGAGAGCAAUGCUGCCUGGUUGGGAUGAAUUGGGACGAAGGCAGGAAGCUGUGCUUGAGCACCGCCAAUGACCCAGCUGCAUGUCCGCAGGGUAGCACCUUCCAUGCUCAGAACAAGGAAUGCGUCUUCACCCCCUCACAGGUCGAGUGUCGGGCUGGAUUUACCUUCGACGGCCGAGUCUGCGCAUUCAACAAACCACCCUUGUGCCCGCCAGAUACCAUCUUCUCCAAGGGUGUCUGCAUCACCGCAGAGCAGCCGACGUGUGAUGAGGUUGAAAAGAGCGCAUUCAAUGGCACCGCCUGCAUCGUGCCUCAGCCGCCCAGCUGCCCUGACAAAUCCACGCUCUCUGGCAAUGGCUGCGUUUCCACGGUGCCACCUGGCUGCCCCGACCAUAUGAUUCUGCAUAUACGCGAGAAUGCGUCAACUUGUAUCCUGACGAGUCCCCCCGUCUGUCCUUCGGGGUCAACUUCUGGCGGCGGGAAUCUCUGCAUUACCGUCAGCACACCCACGUGUGUCGCUGGUACGCUCAAGAAUGGCACAUGCAUCGCUGAAUCGGGGCCGACUUGCCCAGGACAGACCGUCUUCGAUGGUGUCGACUGUGUCUCGAAGAAGCCGCCGGGAUGCGACUCUAAUUUCACUUUCAACGGAACCGCUUGUAUCUCCCAUGGCCUGCCAACCUGCCCUGGCGAUGUCAAUGCCGUAUUUGAUGGCAAGACCUGUCUGCACAGCCAGCCACCAGUGUGCCCCCCAAACACUCACGUCCGGGGGAACGACUGUGUGUCGCAAUCGGGCCCCGACUGUCCGGCAGGGUUUGUCUUCUCUCCCCAAGGCUGCAUCGCGGGGAAACUGCCGGAAUGUCCAGGUGGUACGGGUUUACAGGGGGAGAAGUGCGUCUCGCAGGAGCUGCCGGCCUGUCUGACAAACACGCAACUCAACAACGGCUCCUGCAUUGCGCUGAAUGGCCCGACAUGCCCUCCUGGUAGUCAGCUGCGCCCUGAAGGGUGUGUCACCGUUACCGUUCCUUCUUGCCCGCAUGGGACAACCCUCAAAGACAACAAGUGUGUCUCUGAUGACGGCCCUAAGUGUACCCUGCCGUUUGUCGUUUUGGGUGAUAAGUGUGUAUCUCCGGACCCGCCCUUGUGCCCGGCUGGCACACUCUUCUCUCUUGGGAAGUGUACCUUGUCUCCAAUGACUGGGUGCUACAAUAUGCAAUAUUGUCCUCCAUUGUGA